GCCGUGCGGGCGGCGCCGAGGGGCGGGCGGGCGCGGCGGGAUGUCGGGGCCUAACGGAGACCCGCACGUGCUGGGCGGCGRCACCGGCGACGACGGCGACGAUGGCGGGGACACCUUCGAGGAGGAAGAAUAUGCAGCAAUAAACUCCAUGCUGGACCAAAUCAACUCCUGCCUGGAUCACCUGGAGGAGAAGAACGAUCACCUACGCAUCUGCUUGAAGGAACUGCUGGAGUCCAACCGCCAGACCCGGCUGGAGUUCCAGCAGCAGAGCGAGCAGCUGAACACAGGAGCCGAUGUGCAGGGAUCCCAGCCUCCUGCCUAGAGUCUGACCACACACUCUCAGCUGGUGUUGCUAAGGGGACACUUAUUGGUCACCAGUUUAACGUAAAACUUGAAUAGCA